UCAAUAUCUUUGAAAGACUCUACCAACUCUUCUGCUGCGUCAGUCAUCUCCGUACUUGCACCAAGCGGCCCUCGAGUGGACUCCAAGGCCAUCGCUGCCAAGCUCGAGGACCAAGCAAAGUAUAUCAAUGGACAGGAGGUGAUGAUCAAAACACUCAACAAACAGCUAUCUCACUGUGAGAGUGAUUUGGCUGCUCACACGGAUCUCGUGAGUACGCUAGAAACGUCCUUGAGUGACUCUGAGAAUAAU